AUGGGGUACCGGCCCCGCACCGGCGCCAGCCUAGAGUCCUGCGAUUCGAUCAAGUGCGCGAAUGCUGGCGAGCAGUGCGUUCUGGACCAAAACCGGCAGCCGCACUGCGUACGCUGCCUGCGCAAGUGCCACGACCGCAAGCCUAACCCCGUCUGCGGCGUCAACGGCGUCACCUACACCAGCCGCUGUCACGCUCGUCAGGCGGCCUGCCUGCUGGGCGAGGCCAUCCCAACGGCCUAUCGGGGCCCCUGCCGGCCCGGCCUGACCUGCGAGAGGUUACGCUGCAAGUCAGGUCAACGUUGCCUGCUGAGCCCGGAGGGCGGCCGCCCGCGCUGCACCAGCUGUCGGCUGCGCUGCCGGCGCCAGGGCGGCACCAAACAGCUGCAGGUCUGCGGCUCCAACCACCUCACCUACCGCUCCUGGUGCCACAUGAUGAAGGACGCUUGCGCCACGGGCCUGGUCAUCGACGUGCUGCACGCCGGCAGCUGCUACCCCCGGCGCUACGCGACGGACUCAGCCGGCCACAACGCGACGGCGCCGUUCGCCGACUUCCCGUUCCUGCUGUCGCACCAGCUGGACUGAAAGGGGCUGUCCCAGCCAGCCCUGG